AUGAUGCUCCAUAAUCAUUGCAAAAUCAUUCUUUUGCUUCUGAUAUUUUUGAGCUUUUUAAAUCAGGAUUCAUGUGCACUCUCGUUUCCAUCCGAAAACAGUAGCAUUGUCUUGCAUGACCAAGCUGUUGUACGAGUGGGAAUCAUCCUCGACAUGGAAUCAUGGAUUGCAAAGUCCAUUCACAGCUUCAUAACAAUGGCAAUCUCUGACUUUUAUGCAUUUAAUAAUAAUUACAGUACCCAGAUCGUUUUCCACACAAGGGACUCCAAAGGUGACCCUUUACAAGCUGUAUCAGCUGUUCUCGAUCUUCUGAAUAACAUAAAGGUGCAAGCAAUCAUAGGUCCAGAAACAUAUCUUGAAGCAAAGUUAUUAGCCCUGAUUGCUGAUAAGGCUCAAGUUCCAAUAUUUUCCUUUGCGGGUUCUCUGUCCAUAGAUCAUCCAUACUUGUUUCAAGUUACAGAUGACAAGUCAAAUAUGUCCAAAACCAUUACCACCGUUGUGGAAUCUUUCAAGUGUAGAGAUGUUAUACUUUUAUAUGAAGAUACUGAUUGUAGGCAGGAGAGCGUGUCAUAUAUUCUUAAAUCGUUCCAAGAGAAAGGUAUCCAAGUCAGGCACAGAAGUGCAGUUCCUGCAACGGCCACAGAUGAUCAGAUCACUCACGAGUUGCAAAAGAUCAAGAUAAGUUACACUAGGGUAAUUAUUGUAAAUAUACCAUCUUCAUUAGCUUCUAGAUUUUUGUUAAUAGCAAAAAAAUGGGGAAUGGUGAGUGAGGAGUACACUUGGAUUGUAACUUAUAUGACACUUGACAUACUGCAAUCAGUAGAUACUGAAGUUAUGGAGUCAUUGCCAGGAGUGAUUUGUGUGAGGCCUUACAUUCCAGCAUCAAGGAAGCUGCUUAACUUAACUGCGAGAUGGUACAACGAAUGGACUACAAAGUACCCUACUUUAGCAUCAACGGAGGUAAGCGUACUUGCUAUAUGGGCAUACGACACACUUUGGGCACUUACAGAGUCUGUUCAAAGGGUUGGGGUUCAGUUAACAUUUGCUGUCCCACAUUUUGAUGCCAUGCUUUUACACGAGAUUUCAAAAUUCAGAUUUCAGGGUGUAAGUGGUGAAUUUAGAUUUUUUGAUAGAAAGCUAGUCUCCAAUGGAUUCAAGAUUAUAAAUGUUAUAGGCAAUGGAGAGAGAAGAGGGUCUACUAUCUCCCCAAAACGUCGGAUACUGCAAACAACUAGUGAUAAAAAACUGAAAGUUGGCGUUCUAACAAGAAGAAAGUUUAAGUACUUUAUUGAUACAGAUUAUGACAAUUUGACCAAUAUUACAACUGCCACCGGAUUCUCUGUAGAUGUCUUCAACACUUGCCUUCAUUCUUUACCCUUUGAUGUAUCGUAUGAGUUAGUUCCAUAUGCUAAUGGAACUUAUGAUGACCUUAUAAAGAAAGUUUAUGAUCAGGAGAUUGAUGCUAUCUUGGGUGAUUCAACAAUUCUUGCAAACAGAUCUCAAUAUGUUGACUUCACAGCGACUUACACUGACUUGGGCGUAGGAAUGCUUACAAGAAUCAACCAUAAUGACAUGUGGAUUUUCUUGAAGCCGCUCGAUGUGGAUCUUUGGCUAAGCUCUGUUGGUUUUGCUGUCCUUACAGGAUUUGCCGUUUGGGCUAUUGAGUCUAUGGAUCAAGGGUCCCAUGGAUCACCUGCUCAGCAAAUUGGACCGACCUUUUGGUUCAUCCUAAUGACCCUGUUCUUUGCUCAAAGAGAGAGGCUGUCAAGUAACCUGUCAAAAUUUGUGGUGUUUGUUUGGUUAACGGUUGUCCUUAUUCUGAUCUCAAGUUACACUGCAACAUUGGCUUCACUAUUAACUGUUGAACAGUUUGAGUUAGCAUCUAACGAAGGAACUGUGGGGUUUCAUGGAGGAUCUUUUGUGGCAGGAGUGACCGUUAGCAACUUACAUUUUGAGGAUUAUAGACAUAGACCAUACUAUUCUUAUGAAGAUUAUGCUGUUGCAUUAUCAAAAGGUGGAAAACAUGAUGGUGCUGAUGCAAUCAUUGAUGAAAUCCCCUACAUCAAGAUGUUUCUAGGAAAGCACUCAUCUAACUAUGCCUUGAUUUCUCCUGAAGCUACAACUUCUGGUUUUGCCUUCAUCUUUGCAAAAGGGUCACCUAUGGCAGUAGAGAUGUCACAACAAAUUUCCAAAAUAAGAGAAGAUGGAACUCUGGGACUUCUGGAGAAGAAGUGGUUCGAGAAACACUCAUCAUUAUCGCAACAUACUCUGACUAAGUGGGAUCUCUUCAGCCUUAGCACUUCUGAUAUCCGUGAUAUGCGUACUUCGUGCAAAACUAGUGCUCCAUCGCAUCAUUUCCUUUGUAUUGAAGCAUAA